CAAUUCCAAACCCCACAAUAAUACCAAAACCAAAUUAGUCUCAAUAUAUAUCAAAGUUUCUUAUAAAUAGUUACAAAUAAAAAUCAUAGAAUAAAUAAAUUAAAAAUGAAACAAAUUCCUCGCACACCAAAGCGUAUUCCGAAAACGCCAAGGAAUCAAUCACCAGUAGAAAACCAUUCACAUAAUGAGGUCAAAGAUACCGUAAAUGUGUUUUGUCGCCUGCGACCUCUGCAAUUGGAAGUAGAUCUCAGCUCAUUGCGAGUAAUCGAUUCGAAGACAAUUUGUAUGAAUUCGCCAGAUCAACAACUGCAGGAUCAUCGACCAUAUUGUAGGCAGCAACAACAGAAUGAAAUCCUAUAUAAAUUCAAGGAUAUAUUUGAAUCUGAUGCCUCCCAACGAGAAGUAUUUGCUGCUGUUGCCCAACCACUCGUUGAGAAUUUAAUACGAGGACGUGAUAGUUUACUCUUCACUUAUGGAGUGACUGGAAGUGGCAAGACUCAUACAAUGACUGGUGAUUUGAGAAAUCGCGGUAUAUUGCCAAGAUGUCUAGACCAGCUCUUUUGCACAAUUGCUGAUUACCAAGCCAAGAAGUUUAUUUUCAAGCCAGAUAAGUUAAAUGGCUUUGAGAUAUUAACGGAGAAGGAAGCCCUUCAGGAGCAGUUGGAACCGAGGAGAAAAUUAGUAAUGACAAGGCGUAGAAAAUCCGCCUUACAGAUGUCUCUGGAAAUGACUCCCAUAUUACCUGCAUUGGAUGAAGAGAACAUGUAUUCGGUAUUCAUUACCUACAUUGAAAUCUAUAACAAUAGUGUCUAUGACCUUCUCGAACUCGAUGGCUCACAAAAAAUUUUACAAUCUAGAAUCAUUCGUGAAGAUGCCACGCAUCGUAUGUAUGUCCAUGGAGUCAACGAAAUGGAAGUCAAGACCGUGCAGGAAGCCAUACAAGUCUUUCAGAUGGGACAGAAACGCAAACAUAUGGCUCAUACAACCCUCAAUCAGGAAUCAAGUCGCAGUCAUUCAGUGUUCAAUAUUCGUUUGGUCCAGGCUCCAAAUGACACUCAAUCCAAUGAGCAAUCGAUAACAGUCAGUCAACUCUCUUUGGUGGAUUUGGCUGGAAGCGAGCGUUCUUCAAAGACCAAAACAACUGGAGUACGACUUCGUGAGGCCGGCAAUAUCAACAAUUCGCUAAUGACAUUGAGAACUUGUUUGGAAUACCUUCGGGAGAAUCAGCAGUUGGGAAACAAUGCUAAGAAAAUACCCUAUCGCGACUCAAAGUUAACACACAUGUUUAAAAGUUAUUUUGAUGGCGAAGGACAAGUCUCAAUGAUUGUCUGCAUUAAUCCCAGAAUUGAGAAUUACGAUGAGAACUUGCAAGUAAUGAAAUUUGCCGAAAUAACUCAAGAAGUGCAAAUACUUCGAACUGGGACUCCGGCACACCCAAAGGGCAAGGCGCCCAAUUUGAAGGCACAGACUCAGUUGAGUCUAGGACCAGACUUUCCUAGCUGUCAGUUAAGCAAUCUUCCGGAGACAAAAUCUCAAAUCCAAGAACUCAAGUCCUGCUUACAACAACGCAGUGAAAAUCGUAAAAAGUUGAUUGAAAUUUUACAUCUUAAUUGCGACAAUUUCCGCCGAAUGCUUAUGAAAAUGAAUGAAGACAAUCGUACAAUGAUGCACAGUGCAGCUCUAAUGGGGAACAAGGAGAAUAUUCCCCGUCAAAAACGCUCACAAAGUUCCGAAAAUGUCCUAGAGAAUAAGAAAAAUAUUGCAAAAGCUUUUGUGCCAGCCAAACAACCGGAUAUCUUUGCAACGCCUUAUCAAAGUAGGCUCAAUUAUAACUCCAGCCAGGCAAAUUUACUUUAUUUUUUGCAUUGUAAGAAAUUGGAUGACAUACAAAAGUGGAAGGCAAAUGCCGGGCUUAUCGCUGAGAAAGAUAAAACAGAAAAGAAAGGAUCCGCGUUUUAAUCCAGUGAUGGGUUUUAUCCUAUGAAGCUGCUUCAUUAGUUUUUCUUGUUCAAUUUUAAACUUCAAUUUUAUUUUCUUGUUUUGUUUUUCUUAAUAAAUCUUCCGAAAGCUUCUUAAAAAACAACACGUCGGGGUCACCAAGUCUUAAAGCUUA